AUGUCCAUAAUAGAAUUAAUUCCAUUAAAUAAAGGCAAUCAUAUUAUUCUUGAUAAUACUAGCAUAACAACAAUUGGUCGUAUACCCAAUAUUGGUUGUUUAGAUAAUAAAAUAUCUCGUAAUCAUGCUCAAUUAUUUAUUAAAUCCGACGGAACAUUAUGGAUAAAGCCAAUACAUCAUAAUCCAACAUUUUAUAAAACAAAAACUAAUCAAAUAGUCAGUCUAACGAAAAAUAAAGAAUAUCAAUUGCACCACGAUGAUCAAUUUGGUCUUUUACCAAAUGAAUAUUUUUAUCGAGUUUCAAUUAAAUCAAACGAUGAACAAUUAGAAAAGCUUUCUGAUUCAAAUCAAAUAAUAAAUUCAUCAACAGUGCCAAAAUCUCCAAUAAAAGACAGUGAAGUCUUAACAAUUGAAAACCAUGAUGAAGAGAAAGCUGAAGUCAAAACUAGUUCCAUUUCGGAUAAAAGUCGUGCAUUACCAACUUGGAUGUCUAAUAGUUCAAUAUCAACAUCAUCAUUAUCAUCACGUGAUAAAGAACAAAACAAAGAAACAUCAGUUGCUAUUCCAUCGGUUAAAGAGCAAACUUACUCUGAGAGAAAAAAGACCAAAGAAAUUGUUUAUGAGGAUGACGAUGAUGAACCUAAUCCUGUUGUUACUUCAACAAAACAAGCUAGUACAUCUAAUAAUAUCGAUCUAACUACAAAUAGUCCAACAUCAUCAUCAACAGCUAUCAAUCCUAUUAAACGAGAACGAUGUCCAUAUGGAGAAUCUUGUUACAGAAAAAAUCUAGUUCAUCGACAACAAGCUAUUCAUCCUGGUGAUCCAGAUUGGGAUACUGUAGAUAAUAAUACGACUAAAACAAAACCUGAAUGUCCAUAUGGUAAUGAAUGUUAUAGAAAAAAUCCUGAUCAUUUAAAUGAAUAUCAUCAUCCUAAAAAACGCUGUAUUGAAAUUAAAACUAAACGACGCACAACAAAACGCAAAGAAAGUGAAGAUGAUGAUGAUGGUUUACCAAAUGAAUAUGAUUAUAAUGAUAGUUUUAUCGAUGAUGAAGAUCGUGAUGAUUCUGACUGUACUACGGAUGAAGAAACAAUUAUUGCAUCUGAUGAUGAUACUGAAUGGAAACCAUCAAAAAAUUCUCGGUGUUUUGAUGAAUCAUCAUCUGAUUCAUCGGAUGAUAGUGAAAUAGAAUUAGCAAAGCAAGAAGCAACUGAAUUUAUCAAAGAUUCAACUGCUAAAAAUCAUGGUCCAGUAAAUAAAAAACUCCGUGUUGAAGAGGAAGAUGAUGAUUAA